AUGGCUCUACACGUGGCUAUGAUAAGUGGUGAUCACGAGCUUGUCAGAUUCCUGUUGGAAUCAAAUGUAUGGACUGCAUUGCUCUGUGCGGCAUUGGGCGGGGAUGGAAAAAUGUUCAAAAUGAUGCUUGAUCGUGAUGCAAGAAUUGCAGACAGAACUGUGGUGGAAGUACUGGCGUCUUGGAAGGAUUUCCAUACGGUCGACGGAGAGGGGCCCCUGGAAAUAGCUACUCUCGCCGGAAACUGGGCUGCAGUGAAUUUCAUAAAUGACCAAGUAAAUGGGUGCGUCGAGACUCGCUCCGGAAACUCGAAUAUGGCCGUCGGUGUCGAGUCAGCAUACCAGAAGGACUACGAAAGCGAUCAGCUUCAGAUCAUACGGAUCGUGGAGGUCACUAUGCAAUGGUCAGAAUCUGGGCUUAUAUAA